AUGACCUCUGACGGUGUCGCAGCUAUCGAAAUUGACAAGACAAUUGACGAUGGAGUUACUCUGUAUGAAGAGUCAGUUAAUAGUACUAUAUAUGCGACAUCGAUCGAUUCAUGUGUUGUAAACUAUAAGUGCGAAGUCGCUCAAUCCAACAAACGGUUACGAGUUACUCAGGCUAAAUCUCUUCUCGCGGCGCAUCAGAACGGACGCAGAUAUCACGCCUUCCACGAAGGAGCGUAUGUUCUACCAAAUGAUGAGGCAGAACAGAUCCGUAUGGACCUGGAGCAUCAUAUCUAUCGCAUGAUUCUUGCCGGAGAACUCUACCGUGCCCCUCUGAAACCGAAUCCAAAACGUGUCCUUGAUUUUGGCACCGGAAAUGGAAACUGGGCAAUCGAUUUCGCGAACCAACACCCCGAAUCCAAGGUUAUCGGUUCUGAUCUAAGUCCGAUUCAGCCAACAUGGGUUCCACCGAACUGUUCCUUCGAAAUUGAUGAUGUUGAAACGGAAUGGCCAUAUAAAUCGUCGAAGGCAUUUAAUUAUAUUCACAGUCGUAACAUGGCCGGCUCAGUUAAAGAUUUUGAUAAUCUGUUUGCUCAAGCUUUCAAGCAUCUACAACCAGGAGGAUACCUUGAGAUGCAGAGUUUCGAAGCUGGAUUUUUCUCGGACGACGGCACUCUGGAAAACGCUCAGAGCGCUCUCAAAUGGAAGAAUCUCUUGAUUGAGGCGAGCAAUAAAUUUGGUAAGCCUCUCGAUGUGGAGGGAACGUGGGAAAAGAAGAUGGCGAAGGCAGGAUUUGUGGAUAUUAAGAAUGACGUCUACAAGGUUCCAGUCUCUCCAUGGCCAAAGAAUAAGAAACUGAAAGAAAUUGCUCAAUACCAGCAGCUCCAUCUUACCGCCUCCUUGGAAGCAUAUACCCUCGCUCUCUUCACACGCGUACUCAAGUGGGAUAAGAAGGAAAUUGACAUCUUGCUGGAGGCUGUAAAAAAUGACCUCCAAAACCGAUCGAAUCACAUAUAUGGCAAGAUUCACGUCAUAUAUGGGAGGAAGCAAGAAUAG